GAGGUGAAAAGGUGGAGAUAAGAGGAGGGACUUGGUUGCUGUGAAUCGGGAGGGGAAUGCAGAGAGGGGCAGACUCUCGUUCGGUUGUUGAAGAUGCUGCUAACUUUUUGCAGCUUGCUCUUCUCUCCGGUGGCCUCCAUCCAUCCAGAAUGCAAGAUCUUUCAACAGGUUAUGAAAGAUGAAGCUCGGUGUUUAGAAAAAAACAACUCUCUCGCGCCAGAUUUUAAAGGGUGUGCUGGGGUUUGGGAUGGCCUGAGCUGCUGGCCUCAAGCGACUGUCGGAGAGGUCGUGACCGUCUCCUGUCCGGGAUUCUUUGCAGAAAUCACCAACAUCCAAGGGUUCCUGCACAGAAACUGCACCGUGGGCAAUUCCUGGUCUGAGCCGUUCCCACCGUACUCCGUUGCCUGUGGAGUUGAAGAAAGUUUAACACAAGGACCAGAAGAUCAGAAAUCGUACUAUUCGGCAUUCUGGUACAUCUACACCGCUGGCUAUGCAACAUCUCUGGUCUCACUCUUUACGGCCCUCCUCGUCUUCACCUUCUUUCGAAAAUUCCACUGCACGCGGAAUUACAUCCACAUGCAUUUGUUUGUCUCCUUCAUCCUGAGGGCAGCAGCUGUCUUCACCAAAGAUUCCAUUUUGUUUGCCGACGACAGCAUGGACCACUGUUUAAUGUCAACGGUUCUCUGCAAAGCCGCCGUGGCUUUCUUCCAGCUCAGCAUUUUAGCCAACUUCUUCUGGCUGCUGGUCGAAGGCCUCUACCUGCAGACCCUGCUGAUCCUGACCUUUGUGUCCGACAAGCAGUAUGCCUGGAAGUUCGUCCUGAUUGGCUGGGGCGCUCCAGUGGCCAUCACAUUGGCAUGGAUUCUGGCCAAAAUUUACACGCAGAACACUGGAUGCUGGGAUGAUGAGGAAGAGAGCUCUGCCAUCCUGUGGAUCAUCAAGGGACCCAUCUUAUUAGCGGUAUUGGUGAACUUCACUAUUUUCCUGAACGUCAUUCGAAUUUUGGUGCAGAAAUUAAAAUCUUCAGAGGCGGGAGGAAGACACCCAAGACAUUUUGUGAGACUGGCAAAAUCCACCCUGCUCCUAAUUCCUCUCUUUGGAGUGCACUACGUCGUCUUUGCUGUCUUCCCAGAGGGCACCGGGACAGAGGCCCGAUUGUACGUCGAGCUGGGCUUGGGCUCUUUUCAGGGCUUUUUCGUUGCCCUUCUGUACUGUUUCUUGAAUGGAGAGGUCCAGUCAGAAUUCCAGAAACGCUUGCGCAAAUGGCACUACCAGCAUUACCUGAGCUUCAGACGAAAGCAUCGGAGAAUCUCUGGGGACCACAGUCCGAUCAACUAUGUCACGCAGCUUUCCCUCUUGGACAAGAUUAGCCCCAAAAGGAGCAACUGUCCAAAUGACUCCUCCUCGCUCUGA